AUGCGUGUCCUGCUCGGCAACUCCAGCACCCCGAGCGUCACGAUGAGGCGAAGCAAGGAAAUGUUCAAGAACAGGCUCCAGACUGACGAUGACCCGAACGCCUUCGCCUGCGUCUCUGAUUCCCUCCGCGCCAACAUUGCCAACGCCCUCACCAGGGUCACCCAGUACAAUGCCAAGGGAAUCCUCCAGGCCCUCCAAUACAACCUCGGCCUCCAGGGAUGGGCCAUGAUCGUCGCCGACUUCCAGUUCGAGGCCAGCGAGAUCUUCCAGGCAAAUAAUUUU